GCCGCUCGUGAGCGCCACUCCGCCCGUCCCUCGUCCGACCCGGCGCGGCCGCCAUGACCUGGAGCGCCACGGCCCGGGGCGCCCACCAGCCCGACAACACCGCGUUCACGCAGCAACGCCUCCCCGCCUGGCAGCCGCUGCUGUCGGCCAGCAUCGCGCUGCCGCUCUUCUUCUGCGCCGGCCUGGCCUUCAUCGGCCUGGGCCUGGGCCUCUUCUACUCCUCCAACGGCAUCAAGGAGCUCAAGUACGACUACACGGGCAACCCGGGCACCGGCAACUGCUCGGCGUGCGCCCUGGCCGACCAGGACCGCGCGCCGCCGCUUCGCUGCUCGUGCGCCUGGUACUUCUCGCUGCGGGAGCUCUUCCCGGGCCCGGUGUACCUCUACUACGAGCUGACCAACUUCUACCAGAACAACCGGCGCUACAGCGUGUCCCGCGACGACACGCAGCUGAGCGGGCUGGCGAGCGCGCUGCGCCACCCGGCCAACGAGUGCGCCCCCUACCAGCGCCGCGCCUCCGGCCUGCCCAUCGCGCCCUGCGGCGCCAUCGCCAACAGCCUCUUCAACGACUCGUUCUCGCUGUGGCACCAGCGCCAGCCCGGCGGGCCGUACGUCGAGGUGCCGCUCGACCGCACCGGCAUCGCCUGGUGGACCGACUGCCACGUCAAGUUCCGCAACCCGCCGCUGGUGAACGGCAGCCUGGCGCUCGCCUUCCAGGGCACCGCCCCGCCGCCCAACUGGCCCCGGCCGGUCUACGAGCUGAGCCCCGACCCGAACAACACCGGCUUCAUCAACCAGGACUUCGUGGUGUGGAUGCGCACCGCGGCGCUGCCCACGUUCCGCAAGCUGUACGCGCGCAUCCGCCAGGGCAACUACUCCACCGGGCUGCCGCGCGGCGCCUACCUCGUCAACAUCACCUACAACUACCCGGUGCGCGCCUUCGGCGGCCACAAGCUCAUCGUCUUCAGCAACAUCUCCUGGAUGGGCGGCAAGAACCCCUUCCUGGGCAUCGCCUACCUGGUCGUCGGCUCCCUCUGCAUCAUCAUGGGCUUUGUCAUGCUGGUGGUCUACAUUCGCUACCAGGACCAGAACGACGAGGAUGAGGACGCAGAGUGAUUCCCGUUUUCAAAGGACCCUUCCGGCUAGUUGUCUGAACUCUUCCUGCAAGCUUCUUAGAUUCUCCCAAUCAAUUCCAAUUCCAGCCUUGCCUCACUUUUCCUCCUGGUGUGAUGCCUGGACCAGAGGGAGGAAUUCCAUGCAACUGGGGGCUACCAGAACUUUGCUGGGGUGUUUGGACCGCAGAUUGAGACAGCCUUGUAAAUUCUCCCCGUCUUCACGAUUUACCGAGUUGACAUGUUAGGUUCUUAAAGUACGCAGCAUUUGAGUGUGGAAGGGACAGUAGAGAUUCCUGUUCAACUUCAUCUGAUGAAGAGACUGAGACCUAGAAAUGUUAUAACUCACUCAGGGUCACGCAGCUCUUCCUUGGCUCCUGACUCUGACUCUGUUAUCCCUACAACACCGUGGUUUUCUUGGCGGGGGGUGGGGGGGGAAUUUUGGGAGAGAGAGUGAAGCCCACAAAUGACUUGCAGAGGUGUGGAGGGGUGGGAGAGAACAUACCUGUAAAAAUGUGGACAUACUGUAGACACAGACCCAUUCUGACACAAUAAAGCUGGGGUGAGA